CACAAAGACGACGCGCUGACAGCCCUUGACACGACAGCGCGAAUGGACCGGUAAAUGACUGAUGAGCCAUGACGAGGAGGAAGCGUACGAGCGUGCUUUGCGAGAAGUACUGGGAGAUAGCUUGGAUGAAGCAACUAGCAAUGCCUGGCAAGCGGCCGAAGCCUCACAAGACGAUGCAAGCAGUGACGCCUCGUUGCGCAUUGUACCGGCCAUUGCGCUAGACGAUGUUUGGGAGGACUCACAUCAAUCACAAACACGGCGGUCUUCUGUUCUGAGUCUAUCGACUGCAGACGAGUCCUUGUCACCGCGUGACUCCGACUCGAUUCUAUCUCUAGGCGAUAGCUCAGCAUCCGUCACAGAGUCACCAGGGGCAUCAACCCAUCGCAGCUAUCUAGGUCCAUUACGCUCGAAACGUUAUGAAGGGCUUCGUUCUUCUUUGCUUUCGCCAGCGCUGGCAGGACCACGUCCAAGAACGGCCCAUUCGCGGUCGAGCUCCGUCCUCAGCAUGCUCAACUUACAAGAAAUCACUGACGAUCAAGCAAAAGACUUGAAGCCGCGAGAUACGUUGCGGUGGACGCGUCUCAAGCGCAUCUCCGACCAUCUCUACAGUCCAGCCGGUCGCAAAGCAUUUGGCAUCCCACAGUGCUUGACAGUCUCUGGCAUGCUAGCGUUUGGCACGAGCAAAGGCCUCAUUUUGGUGUUUGACUACAAGCAGACUUGUACGCACGUCAUUGGCAACGGUACUCGAGCGGCUGAAGCAGGCCCAGUCACAGCAAUCGCUCUAUCCGCAGACCAUACAUUCAUUGUCGGUGCGUACAGCGACGGCUCCAUCAUGUCCUGGGAUUUGGCUAGGCCAGCAACACCAGCGAAGGAGAUUCUACCUAUUCGCAUGCAAGACUUGCCUGCAAAGCAAGGCCAUUUGAUGAACACUCACAUCACACACAUCAGCUUCAUUGGCGCGCGUCACUCGCUCUUCUUGAGUGCGGAUGUGACUGGCAUGGUCUUUUGCCAUAGCUUUCAUCGUCGCAAGAUUGUUUCGAAUGUCGACUCUAUGCGUAUUCUCGGACGCUAUCCUACACUACCUGGCACAUCACCUCUCAAGCCAAGCACAUCUCUGUCUGCUGCUGUGUUGCCCAUUGGUACCGUUGCACAUUUUUCAGAUGUCCUCGGACUAGCAGCCCUCCUGACCCCUUACAAGCUGGUCAUUGUGUCUACAACGCCAACUGCACGUACACAAUUCAAGCUUCCACGGCCGUCUGGCGCUUAUGCUGAAUCUGAACAGAUCUCUGGUUGUGCAGCUUGGUUCCCCUGCGUUUCAAGCACAAGAGAUGCUCAAGUUGGAACAUGUCCACUCCUUGCUGUUGCAUGGAGUCGUCGACUCUUUGUGUUUGCCAUUUCAGGUGGCGUGCCACAGGAGGAGUCUGAUUCGAUUGUGCCUAUUGUCGUUGAGGAAGCUGGGCAAUUUCAAUCUCAAGAAAGCAUCGUGGCGAUGCGGUGGUAUGCCAAGGAUAUUUUAUGCUUGCUCACGACAUCGAAUCAGAUGCAACUAUUAGAUACGGUUGACUUUAGGCUUGUUGGCCAUGCUGACUUACUGGGGAAACAUAUCCUUUGCCAGGAUUUGCGCACCGCUCAACUGCAAUACUAUUUCGAGCAACGUGAGGCGGAAUAUGUCAACCAGAGCUUUGCAGAUGACUACUCUAGCAGCUUUACGACCUACAAGGGAAAACUGUUUUUGUUAGGUCAUUCGGAGGUUUCAGUGGGAUCUGUUCUUACUUGGAAAGACCGUGUUCAAGCUUUUGUCGCACAGGGUCUUUUUGUUGAAGCUUUGAACCUGCUUGAGGCAUACUAUGCUGGCCUGGUCGAUUUACGAGUCGUUGCAUUGCCUAGUGCCCAACAGCCACGCCAAGAAAUGGUCAGCAGCUUGUGCUACACAAUCCUUCCAAAAAUGCUUGAGCAAAUUGACCAACUGCAAUCAGCGGCAUUGACUGAAUUACUGCAAGCCAUCUUUGACUUGUGUCUGGCACUGGACAGCACUGAUUUUUUGUUUGACCAAGUCUUUGAGGCGUGCAACAUCCAGAAGCAUUCCUUUCUACAAGUCCUUGCUACGGCUGUACUUGAUGACCGGAUACGACAGGUGCCUCCAGAGAUUGUGCAAGAACUUGUUUCUGAGUUUGUCGCACAAAAUCUGCAUACACGGCUUGAAGACAUUCUUUGCCACCUUGAGCCAAGCUCACUUGAUCCCAAUCAACUUACUCAAUUAUGCAAGCAGAACCUUUUAAUGGAUGCGCUGGCGUAUGUCUGGAACGCAGCCCUUGCAGACUAUGUCACGCCUCUUGUUGAAUUUGUGGAACUCAUCAAGUCUGUCCUUCAAGCAACCUCAACAACGAGCGAUGCAAGUGCUCGUGCGCAAUCUCUAGCGAAUCUGGGUGCCAACACUGUCAAUGCCGUCAAGGUCUUUUCCUACUUGUCACUCACACUGACUGGUCGCUCAUUCCCGCGAGGAAUAGCCUUGGCCAAAAUGGAAGCCGAUGCUGCACGCAGCGCCAUUUAUGAAUUCCUCUUUUCAGGCGUCACGAUUGCGUGGCCGCCAGGGUCUAGCAGGUGGAUUCUGACAAAUCUCAGCACUCCGGAACCAUUCUUCCCUUAUUUGAAGCUCCUCCUUCACUUCGAUUGUCCGACAUUCUUGGCGUGUCUGGAUGAGGUGUUCGAGGAUGCCUAUCUCAAUGAAGGUCCAGACGACGAACGGCCUCGAUCAGCAACCACAUCACGCACAAUCACACGACAAUUUAUCAUUAAUAUCCUGCUUGACAUAUCAUCAAGUUUCUCGCAAGAAGACAUGCUCUCGCUUUGCAUGUUUAUUGCACGCAAUGUUCCCAAAUACCCACAAUUCAUUCUCCUCUCAGGUUCAGUCUUACAGCGUAUCUUGGAAGGGUUAUGUGACUACCAAGACGAUGAAGUCGCUGAUGAUUGUCAGCUUGCUGUUGAGUCCCUCUUGUCCAUCUUUAAGCCUGCGCACAUGCAUGAUCUUGUGCCUCGAUUGACGCGCGUUGGCUUUUUCCGUGUGUUGAAGAGUUAUUUUCGUGCAGAGGGGGAUGCCGUUGGAUUGCUACAAGCGUAUCUUCGGGACCGUGGCAGUGAAGUGCAAGUCUUUGGCUGUAUUGAAGAGCUGAUUGGUCCGGCGAGUAAGGUCGAUGCGGCUGCUCAACAAUCAGUGCAGGUUGCUAUUGUUGAGCAUGCUUUAGCUAUUGCUCGUGUGGAUGCGCCUACGUUUGCAAAAACGAUGGAUCGAUGCAGGCCAGCUUUGCACCAUUCCAUUGCCACUGCAUUGGAUGGAGAGGAGGCUUUACUGUUCAGAUACCUUCAGCCUGUCAUUCGUUUUGAACCAACAAAAGACUCAAUUCCAGAAUGGAUUGAUGCAGUUCUGCUGGUCAAGGUCGUUGAGCUUCUGUGUCGUUUCGACCGUGGUUGUAUACCUGUGUUCCUAGAACGACCAGGUGUUCUCACGCUUGUUCCAGCGGAACGACUGAUUGGCAUCCUGGAGCAACAUGAUGAAGUGGAGGGUCUCGUACGACUCAUGAGUAUCAGUGGUCAGCGUACUCUUGCGCUUAAGCGAAUCCUCAGACAUCUGGAUGAUCUACUCGAUACGCUCACCAGUCAUUCCCACUCUGUUGAUGUUCCUGGCACGAUGACUUCCAUGAAGCGAUACAUCGAAAUCGCUUCCGUCUUGUGUGCAGAAGAGGUGCACGUGUCGCUCAAUGAUGGAUCGAACAAAGCAGAAGCCAUGUGGGUAACCUUGUUGACGGCGACGCUGAAUUUGACACAAAAGGCUCGAAACAGCCUUGGACCUCUUGCAAGCAAGAAGUCGAUUGCAAAGGAACUGGUGGCGCUGAACUCUCUGCUGAGGAAUGCAGUAGGGACGUUAUUGAUUGCGGCGAGCCAGCAUUCAGCCGAGUCUGGCCCAGACCUGUUUGUUCAAAUUAUCCGCAAAUUUCUGGAACAGAUUCUAUCAACAGACUCGACUUCUGGCGCUCGCAAGGAUAUCUACUUACUACUGAGUGAUGUCUUUGAUGAACAUAUUCUCGGAGGCCAGCUACUCCUGCUCGCUGAGGACAUCUUGCAAGGCACACUAGCGACGCAAUUUGCAGCACAGUCAGCAAAGCGUCUCCAAGGCUGGCGUGUUUCUAAAAUGACAUGUGGCUUGUGCGAACGAGCAGUCCACUCACCGGUCGUUGUGCGGCAGGCAUUUCGAACGCAACAGGCCGAAGCUGCCUGCUCAUUGGAAGCGCGUCGGGCUGCACGGUCAGAGAGAGUGCUACAGAGACAUGGUGUGUCUAUCGAAAAGGCUAAGGGUAAAUCUCGACAAGAGGCACCUGCGCAGGUGGAGGAAGAAGAACCCUUACCAGAUAUGACGCAUAUCUUGGCGCAUGCGUGUGGACAUGUCUCGCACGAGGCUUGCGUCAAGCUAUCGAGAGUUGGGCAGGAACUCUCUGCGAUUGGAUGUGUGGUAUGUGUUCGACGGAGGGAAGCAGAGACACAGGCACGAAGGGUGAUGGAGGAGGAGCAAGGACGGGCGCUGGUCCUGCCAUAGUGUUGAGUGUUCAGAUGGAUACGGAUGCUUACCUCAUCUAACACGUGCCUCGACUAUUUUUCUCUCGUCUUGUGGCGGGCGCGUAGCUCAAGAUCGACGGGUGCCGGGGAAGCUUAAGUUUGGCCAGGGAGGGGGGCAUGCUUGCAGAUGCAGGGUGAUGGGUGGGUAAGGGCAGCAUGCAGGAGAUGGAGUAUCGAUGCCAGCAAGCGGAUAGACGCCGGCCCGUAGACACUGCGCUGGUGCUGUCGUUCGCGCU